UCAAUUUUGAAAUGAUUGCUUUCGGAAGCCAUUUUAAAACAAGCCACGCCUACAAAUCUUAAGCUCCACCUUUAUUAAUAACUAAUCACUAGUUAUUAAUAAUAACAUGGCGGAUGAGAAGGAGCCAGAAUCUGAUUCUGAUGAUGAAUAUUGUCCUAAUGAAAAGGAACUGAAAGAAUAUGAAGAAGAAAGUGCUAAAUUAAUGAGAAAGAGGAAAGGUCCUGCCCUUAGUGAAGUGGUUGAUGAUUUACUGGAGGAGGAGGAGGGGGUGGGGCAGGGGGAGGGGCCAGAGAGAGGAGUAGAGGAUGAAGAUACAAAGAAGAAUAGAUUAGAUGAAGUGUGGAUGAACUUUAAAAAAGAAACAACAAGUACAAGAACAACAAAUAGAAAAGAAACAAAUAAACAAAUUGAGGAAAAAACUGAAGUUUCGUCUGUUCCUAUGGAAACAAUUAAAAUAAAGAAAUCGUUUGAUUUUGCAGGAGAAGAAGUAAUUGUUGAGAAGGAGGUCCCUGUACAGUCGAAUGAAGCAGUUCAGUUUAUAAAAUCAACAGAAAAGAGUAACAGACCAAGUGUGGGCGGAGUCAGAAGGUCAGGAGGUGCUAAAGCGUUAUUGGCAUCGUUAAAUAAAAAACCAAAACUCUCAACACUAGAGAAGUCUAAAUUAGACUGGGACAGUUAUAAGAAAGAUGAAGGAUUAGAGGAUGAACUAACCUACCAGACUAAAGACGGGUAUCUUGAUCGUCAGUCCUUCUUAAGUAGAGCUGAUGUGAGACAGUUUGAAAUAGAGAGAGAUGAAAGAUUGAAGAGAUUUAAAAGACUAAACUAAAUACUAUUAAUAUACUACACACACUAACCUCCUCUUAUGUAAUAAUAAUAUUCACUACAAUACAAUAUUAUAUUAUUGAUGGAAUGAUUUGAUACUUGGGUUUAUCGCCCCACUUCAGUAAUAAGGUUUUAUAAUCAUA